AUGAGGAGGACACCGCCGGAGGGAUUUCCGAUCGAAGACAGCGCGAGAGAACUCGCUGAUGUCGGCGUGGAAACCCCCGCCGUUGACCCUACUGCGGUUCUAGUUGGCGACCCUGCCGCUGAUGCCGCUGGUGAUCCUGCCGGCACCCCGGCCGACGGCCCCGCCGAUGUCCCCGCCGAUGUGCCCGCCAGUGAAGACGGAGACACGCCGCCGUUCGAGGUUGGAGCUGGAUCAGCGGUUCCAGUGGGGAAAAUUACUGGAUUGACCGUUAAGUAG